CCCCCGCCUCUCCGCCAAUCACCGCCCGCCUGCUCCCCUCGCCGUGGGUCCCCGCGAGGCCGCCACCCCGGGGUCGCCGUCUCCGCCUCGCCGCAGUCGGGGCAGCCGCUCGCCCCUCUUUUCCAUGUAUCCGUCCAGGAUCCCACGACAGAUUCCGUUGUCACGUCUCCUUACAGAGUUUGAGCGGUGCUGAACUGUCAGCACCAUCUGUCCGGUCCCAGCAUGCCUUCUGAGACCCCCCAGGCAGAAGUGGGGCCCACAGGCUGCCCCCACCGCUCAGGGCCACACUCGGCAAAGGGGAGCCUGGAGAAGGGGCCCCGAGAGGAUAAGGAAGCCAAGGAGCCCCUGUGGAUCCGGCCCGAUGCUCCGAGCAGGUGCACCUGGCAGCUGGGCCGGCCUGCCUCCGAGUCCCCACAUCACCACACUGCCCCGGCAAAAUCUCCAAAAAUCUUGCCAGAUAUUCUGAAGAAAAUCGGGGACACCCCUAUGGUCAGAAUCAACAAGAUUGGGAAGAAGUUCGGCCUGAAGUGUGAGCUCCUGGCCAAGUGUGAGUUCUUCAACGCGGGCGGGAGCGUGAAGGACCGCAUCAGCCUGCGGAUGGUUGAGGAUGCUGAGCGCGACGGGACGCUGAAGCCCGGGGACACGAUUAUUGAGCCGACAUCCGGGAACACCGGGAUCGGGCUGGCCCUGGCUGCGGCAGUGAGGGGCUAUCGCUGCAUCAUCGUGAUGCCAGAGAAGAUGAGCUCCGAGAAGGUGGACGUGCUGCGGGCACUGGGGGCUGAGAUUGUGAGGACGCCCACCAAUGCCAGGUUCGACUCCCUGGAGUCACACGUGGGGGUGGCCUGGCGGCUGAAGAACGAAAUCCCCAAUUCUCACAUCCUAGACCAGUACCGCAACGCCAGCAACCCCCUGGCUCACUACGACACCACCGCUGAUGAGAUCCUGCAGCAGUGUGAUGGGAAGCUGGACAUGCUGGUGGCUUCAGUGGGCACGGGCGGCACCAUCACGGGCAUUGCCAGGAAGCUGAAGGAGAAGUGUCCUGGAUGCAGGAUCAUUGGGGUGGAUCCCGAAGGGUCCAUCCUCGCGGAGCCGGAGGAGCUGAACCAGACGGAGCAAACAACCUACGAGGUGGAAGGGAUCGGCUACGACUUCAUCCCCACGGUGCUGGACAGGACGGUGGUGGACAAGUGGUUCAAGAGCAACGACGAGGAGGCGUUCACCUUUGCCCGCAUGCUGAUCGCGCAAGAGGGGCUGCUGUGUGGUGGCAGUGCCGGCAGCACGGUGGCGGUGGCCGUGAAGGCCGCGCAGGAGCUGCAGGAGGGCCAGCGCUGCGUGGUCAUUCUGCCCGACUCAGUGCGGAACUACAUGACCAAGUUCCUGAGCGACAGGUGGAUGCUGCAGAAGGGCUUUCUGAAGGAGGAGGACCUCACGGAGAAGAAGCCCUGGUGGUGGCACCUCCGUGUUCAGGAGCUGAGCCUGUCAGCCCCGCUGACCGUGCUCCCGACCAUCACCUGUGGGCACACCAUCGAGAUCCUCCGGGAGAAGGGCUUCGACCAGGCGCCCGUGGUGGAUGAGGCGGGGGUAAUCCUGGGAAUGGUGACGCUUGGGAACAUGCUGUCGUCCCUGCUUGCCGGGAAGGUGCAGCCGUCAGACCAAGUUGGCAAAGUCAUCUACAAGCAGUUCAAACAGAUCCACCUCACGGACACGCUGGGCAGGCUCUCGCACAUCCUGGAGAUGGACCACUUCGCCCUGGUGGUGCACGAGCAGAUCCAGUGUGAGUGGGGCCCUGCUCUAUGCGUGGGGUUCUCACUGGGGUCAGGCCACCAAGCCUGGCCUCUGCCAUGGGCAGCAGCUGGGCCCCCCAUCCCCCGUGGGGUGUUAGGGGAGUGGGUGGUGCCGACCUUCAGUGACACCCAGUCUUUAUGCCCGGGCCUCCCACAUGCCCCGGGCUGGUGGGCUGUACCUGUGAUUCCUGCAGGGACCCCUCAUCAGGCCACACUGGGUAGGGCCCUUUGUCCAGCAUGCAGAGGCUCAGGAGUCCAGGCCUCUUGCCCCCGGGGAGGCCAGCAGUCUUGGGGAUUCUCAGGGACAAGCCCAGAAACAUCUAGAAGGGUUUCAAGUCCUGACCCUGGCCUUCGGAGGGCUGCUCUGAAUGGAAGCCCCACGUGGGUCUCACAGGAGCCACUGAUGGGCUGUCCUCAGAGCCCCGCUCCCAGCAAGCUCAUGAGGUUUUGCAACUCCUGAGCGCAUCCCCGGGCAUCCCCACCACAUCCCCACAGGCCGGGAGAGUCGCUCACAGGUUUUGGGUCAUAGAUGGCAGCCCUGGGCCUGGGGCCCACAGGAAGAUUUGGGAGGCGCCCUGGAGCCCGGAGCCUGCCCACUCGCCAGGCCUGUGUGCAGGGGGUGAGCGCUCGGCGGCUGAGGGUGGUCCGUGAGGGCCCCGAGUCUAACCCCAUCUCCCGUCCUUGGCUCUGCAGUGCAGGACCAGGCCUGGGCAGGCGUGGUGGGGGGGCCUGCAGGUAGGUAUCACCCACCCCUCAGAAUGGCUCUCAGGCUCAGAUUCACAGCCUCCUCAUGGCAAAUGGAGGCCUUCCAGGGUCCUGGACCCACCCCCAAGCUUGGGUAGGAGGGCUCCCCCUCUUAAUCUCACAUUUACUUGUGUUUGAACAUCUCAGAGAAAAAAAAAAGAUGCAAAUUCCAAUGUCAGGGUCCCCAAAUCAAGUCUUCCUGGAGCAUGUCCACGCUUGUCACCACCGUCUGUGGCUGCUUUCAAGCACGUCAGGGCUGCGUGCUCAUAACAGAGGCGGCACGGCCCCCAAGACCUAAAAUACCACCAGCUGGCCCUUGUCGGAAAGUCCCCUGGCCGGCCCUGGUCCACUGCCUCCGGGCCGGGCUGCCAGGGCCACAGAAGCCUGUGGCACUCAGGGCUCCCAGGGCUCCCUUCUCCAACAGUUGCUGUGCCUCGGUUUCCCCGAAAUGCAAGGAGCUGAUCUCAUCUGGGUUCCCUAUGUUUUCCUGGGGCUCUAAGUGGGCCACCCCAAGGGACCUCUGCCUACAAAGAGAGGAGUGACAGCCGUGGCAGAGUCGGGACGGGCUCCGAGGGCUCUUCCUCACCCCCACCUUGCUCACCCCUCUGUGCCUCAUGACAGCUGGUGUAGGGUCCUGUGGAGACGCAGGACCGAGAGGAUGUGUGGGGAGCGGGGAGAGAGAGGGAACGAGAUCUGUGUUAAGGAACUGGAUCAUGAGAUCACGGAGGCUGACAAACCCUGAGAUCUGCAGGGUGAGGCGGCAGGCCGGAGACUGGAGAGCCAGCAGUUCAAGCCCCAAGGCAGGAAAUUCCACCUUUGGUUGUAUUCAGGCCUUCAACUGCUUGGGUGAGGCCCUCCACAGUAGCACACGUUAUCUGCCUCUUGACUCUUGUGCUAAUCCGGAAUCCCCUCACACGCGCCCAGAACGACGUGUGACCAAUGCCUGGGCUCCCACGGCCCCGUUAAUCUGUAUUAAAAUUAACCAUCACAACAGCCCUGUCUGGGUAUGUGGCAUGGGAGCCUCGGCCAGCAUUAACACCGGGUCUACGCUUGCCAGGAGAAAGCAGGAGGGGUGAAGACAGAAUCAGGCCAGAGAUGGAAGCUGUGUGCUGCCCAUGGUGGCAAGGGGUUUUUGUCUGUUUUUAGAGACAGGGUCUUGCUCUGUUGCCGACUGGAGUGCAGUAAUGCCAUCAUAGCUCGCUGCAGCCUCGACCUGCUGUGCUCAACUGAUCCUUCUGCCUCAGUCUCCCAAGUAGCUGGGACCACAAGCGUGUGCCACCAUGCUCGACUAAUUUAUUUUUAAAAAUAUUCUGUAGAGACAGGGUCUCAAUAUGUUGCCCAGGCUGGUCCCAGACUUCUGGGCUUAAAUGAUCCUCCCACCUUGGCCUCCCCAGCACUGGGAUCACAGGUGUGAGCCACUGUGCCCGGCCCUGUAAGCGGGUUUGAAUUUCAUGCCCACACCGGCUCUGAAGUCAUGAGCGCCUCAGGAGCUCAGCCGGUGGGCCAGGGAAGGGUGUGUCCUGACCUGCGGUGGGUGGGGCCUGGCCUGGGGCCCGUGGGGCUCGUACGGU